AGACAGCUCGAUGCUCAGGUGACUCGGUAGAGGAGGACGCGUUUGUAUCAAAUGCUCCAAUGGUAAGCUGGAAAGGCCAAAGCUGCGGGAUUAGGCAGCGCUCUCGAUAGCCCACCAUGGCACUUCCAAGACCACACUGCUCUUUCACCAUUCCCAGCAUCCACGACGACGUAGAGCUCGACUGUCGGAUAUAUUACCCUCGACGGACGGAGAAAGGGUCGGGUGUCUUCGGUCGAGGUUUCGCCAUUGUCGCACAUCCCUAUGCACCGCUGGGUGGGUGCUACGAUGAUCCUGUUGUGGCCCUCGCGGGCAGUGUCCUGCUCCACGGCGGUUAUUUUCUGAGCACGUUCAACUUCAGAGGUGCUUCGGGCUCGGCGGGGAAGACGUCUUGGACGGGAAAGCCCGAGCUGGGCGACUACGUGUCGGUCUACGGGUUCAUGUUGUGCUACAUCGACGCCGUCGUCGCCCGUCGCCCGCCUGGAGAGGACGCGCCCCCGGCGAGUCCCCCGAUAUUAAUCCUCGGAGGCUACUCGUACGGGGCGAUGAUCGCUUCCCAUCUGCCAUCGGUGGAGGUCGUGGGUGAAUUGUUUCGCGCGCCCGCGACAGGCUCGGCGGAGAGCGAAAUCAGACGGCGAGCUGCAGACCUGGCGCAGGAUGCACAAGCGUACCUGGACAUGCAUUCGGGCUCGGCGACACUGACUCUACCACGGGCUCGUGGUGCGGCGGGAGAACCGGCCAGGAAGCCCAGUCCUGGGGUCAUCAUGGGAGGCUAUGAGUCGGACACCGCCAGCCGACGAGUCAGCCGAGAGAACUCGAGAAAAAGCAUGGAUAAAGAGAGGAUCAGACAAAGCUUAAACAGGAUUCAUCACAAGCUCAAUUCCCAGCCAAACAGCCCGGCUGCACCAACGGGAAAAGCUCCAGCAGCAGAGGAUGCCCCGAUACUGCCAGAGGUCGCCUAUGUCAUCAUAUCCCCAAUAUUGUCGAUAGCUGCUGGGUUUACUACAAUGUUCUCAAAGCUCAGAUUUACUCCGAAGGACCCCGAGAUUACCUCUUCUCCAGGGCGAGAGUUCCACGAGCUUACGCUGCAUCCGUGUUGUUGUUGUUACGGAACACGCGAUGCCUUCACGUCUGCGAGCAAGUUGCAACGGUGGACUCAAGACUUACAAUCGAAGCCUGGCUCUCGGUUUGUGACGGUCAGUGCGGACACCGGCCAUUUCUGGCAUGAAGCAGAAGGGGUUGUUCGACUUCGGCAAGGUCUCGCCGAAUUCCUGGAAACCUUGGGGCGACAUAAUCUCCCCCUGGACCAGGUCGGAGAGACCGUUGAAGGUGGCCCUAGCAGCCUAGGCAAGCAUACAAGAGCUCCAGAAGACGCAGCUGCCCAACUUGCAAUCGGAUGA